GGGAUUGGCGAGCUGAACACCGAUGGAGUCUUCAUUCCUACGAAUGUCGACAUUUUCACUGCAGUACGUAAAGGGUGACUGAACUGGUAGUCAGGUAUCAGGUGGUUUGUACACUUUGCUUAGGCGAGUGCAGAGCAUUUUGCUUGAAGGACUGUCAUGGAUCCCUGCAUGUGUCAAUCUACCUGCCAUGAAUUUCGUGAGCAGAUGAGAACGGAGUGAGCUAGUAUCAUGGCUCCAGCCCAUGUUCAAUUGCAGCGGAGAUUGUGAAGACAAGGUUAUCUUUUCCUCGACAACCGUGGUCUGCCCUCCCCUGGCCGACAGCUCUUCCCAUUCCAACAUUUGCUAGCCUAGCCAAUGUAGACGGGAAUCGUUGUGCUUCACGAUUCCACUUCAAAUUGGGUUAGAGGGUGAUAGCCACCCUGUCACGCAAAUCUUCGAAAUCGAAAUGGGAUGGAUGGCUUGUACUACGUUUGUGGUAAGAUCCUACAGUGUCAGUCUAGUGCUUCAAACUCUAAUGGCAUGAAUCGCCAACCUUCUCCUCUCUGGACAAGGCGGGGGUAUUCAGGGUGGCGAGGACUGUGCAAAGUGUGUCUUGUCCUUGAAGACAUUCGUUGCGAGGCAAGGGUGGGGGUGGCCGGGGGCGGGAGAGAGAGAGAGAGAGAGAGAGAGAGAGAGAGUUGGCUCGAACGCUGCUGCCACAGUUGUUUUCAGAGUUGUGCAAAAACGUUGUAACAUCGGAUCUGUUCUUUGGCCCUUCGCGCAGCACACUUGAAGCAGUUGAAUCUUGUGUAUUCUUCGUAUCCAAAUGCUGGAAGAUGUCAAAUACUGUCUGGAACAAUUCCGUCGUUGUCUGCCAUGUAUGUGCAAGGAGGGUCGAUUGCACUUUUCACAUGAACAGUCAAGGGGGUUGCAAGUUGUUGUCAACGAGUUGAAUCGUAGCAGAUCUUACGUUCCAAGCGUUUCAAGGGAGGUGGGAUUGCUAGGCCCGGUGCAAGAUUGGCAAGGCAGCACGGAAUUCAGGAUGGCAGCAAUGCAUACAGAAAAAGGCCUUACAUGACGGCGGGCUGGUAGGCAGACAGACACAGACGGAGGGAGGAUUGUCACCCACCAAUUGUUGAUUGUGGAUCACGUAGUUGGGGGAUUUACAGCCGUGUGGGCACCUGUCUUGUGGAGAUCACCAACGGCAAAAUCAUCUCUGGCUGGAUCUCAUCGGGUCUUCAGGAACCUAAACCCACUCUUCUGCCCCUCUAUCACCCCAGCAUCACUGAUAGUCCACCCUUCUCAGUACUUUGCAGGCUACGGGUCCUCAGAAUGCCUAACCCACUUCGGUGCCUCGCUAUCACCGAAGAGAACUGCUCAUAGAGUCCUCCCCAAGCAUCACUGGAUCUCAUCAUCUGGGACUAGUCAUAGCUAAGAUCCACGCAAACUGUAAAGCUCUAGCACCUCAGCGGAGUCAGCGGUGAAGCAUAUUUUCACAAACCACCAUCCAGAGACACCUUUGCUGUUGAUGAUCCGUGCGGGCCACGUUGGGCCACGUGGGUACCUGUCCCGCAGAGAUCGCCUACAGCAAAUGCAUCUCUGGCCGGUGCCUUGUAAAAGUACAUUUCACGGCUGACAUGCUAGAGCUCUGCAGUUGGCAUGGAUGUUAGCUAUGCUCCGUCGCUUGAGAAGAUGGGUCGCAGGUCAAGCUGCUAUCGAUGAUCCUAUCAUCAGAAGCCUUGUAUGGGGCACCAAUAACUUGUGCAGUGUAUGCAUUCCCAUGGAAAAUGGAGUGGAACAGCCAUUUUCCUCAUCUGCUUUGCAUUUCCAUGAUGCCAGGCAGUCUAGCUCUGCCAAAAUCGGAGAUUCUGGGAGCUGAGAGCGAACGCUUGAGCAUUGUGGAGACGAAAGAUACCCAGCGCUCGUAAACUUACUUUGGAGCUUGCCUUCAUUCCUGGAGCAGUUCGGAUACGACUUGACGUCUAGUCUUGGGUUGUUAGUUAUCAGCAAGAAGAUGAACAGGAGUUGAUAGUCGCUGAGAAUGUGGCUACGUUGUUAAACAUGGCUGUUCGGGUCAGUGGGGGGACCUUUGUACUUCAGUGCUCGUCAACUUACUUUGAAGCUUGCCUUCAUUUCUGGAGCAGUUUGGAACUCCUCAGGUACUGCUUGACGUCUAGUCUUGGGUUGUUGGUUAUCAGCAAAAGAUGAACAGGAGCUGAUAGGAACUGGAGCUAUUGGCUAUAGCGUUAGAAUAGAAGGACAUGGCUUUUCAAUGGGUGGUGGGUCAGUGGGGUGACCUUUGUACUUGAAAACGAGGACUCGAGGACCUGGUGGACGAUAUAUAUUACGUAUGUUUGACAAGAAGAGAACAGGAGCUGACGGUAGCUGCAAGCAUGCAGCACACAUUAUUGGCUCCGGUGGUAUGGUACAAUGAUCUUCCUGUUCAAAGGGUGGGUGAGCAGCAGGGCGAGUUUUGUACUUUGACAUGACAACUUUGGGUCUGGUGCAUGGUGAUCUGCUAAGAGGGCUGCCAACAUCUGUAGCAAGGAUUCUUGACUCGUCGGCGUUGAACUUCUCCCGGUCAAAAGGCUAUGAACAAACUCAUCUUGGAACAGACAUUCUGAACAAGAAUACAAUUAACAACAACCGUAUGCAGAUCAACAUUGCCUGAAAGAAGGUGGUUGGUGUAUCUGGGGCACAUCUGAAAGAAGGUGGUUCGCGUAUCGGGGGCACAUCUGAUCAUCUUUUUGAGGUCUUCUUCAGUGAAGCGAGGAUGAAGUUGUUCUGCAACCUUCAUCAACACACAAAGGCAGAGGUUGUCGAGGCGAUCUGGAUGUGUUCUGUGCAGAGGGUGUCGUUUCGCAGUCUCGCAGCGGACCCAGGGAGCAAGUUAACCAGGCUUUUUUAUAGCUCUAGCUUGUGCACGGUGGCCAUUGUAUGACCGUGUGCUUGGCAGAGGGUGUUGUUUCUCAGUCUCGCGGUGGACCCAUGGAACAAGUUAAGCUGGCUCUUAUAGCUCUAGCUUGUGCACAAUGGCCAUUAUAUGACCGUUAUAUUGGUAUUUGCCUAUUUCUUAGUCCGAAGCGCAGGUGCUUCCCUGGCAGUCAAGCUUGGGCACAAUGGAUCGGUUCUUCUUAAAGAUGGCCAGCUGCCAACGCAGCUGGCCAGGUGGGCAAGGAGCAAAUUGCUGAGAGAUUGUGAAAAUGACUCCUACAAACUGGUAGUCGCCUAUUUCUUAGUCCAAAGGGCAGGUGCUUCGAUGGCAGUCAAGCUUGCGCACAAUGGAUAGGCUAAGCUCAGCACCAAACUGGAAAGGCAGCUGGCUGGGUGGACAAGAAGCGCAUUGUUGUGAGAGAGUACGAAAAAGACUCCUACAAACUGGUAGUCGCCUAUUUCUUACUCCGAAGGGCAGGUCAGGUGCUUCCAUGGCAGUCGAGGUACAAACUGGUAGUCGCCUAUUUCUUACUCCGAAGGGCAGGUCAGGUGCUUCCAUGGCAGUCGAGGUUGGGCAUAAUGUAUAGGCUCUGCUCAGCACCAAUCUGGAAAGGCAGCUGGCUGGGUGGACAAGAAGCGAUUUGCUGACAAAAGAAUGUGAACGACUCCUAACACAAUUCUUGUAGGGGCUGUGGAAUUCUUGUUGCAUCUCGUCACUUCGGAUGCGUCGGCCAGAAUUCUGAGGCUGACGGAUGAUUAAACUGCCUCAACCAAUGCUAGACAGAGGGGCUGUGGAAUGACCAGUCCAACGUGCCGAAUGGCUGGAUGCUUGGGAGCCAGCAGCAGCCGUCUGACAACUGGAUAGUGAUGACUAGAGCAGGGUGUCUGCCUUGCUCUUAUGCUGCUGCUCAUGUGGUUUUUGAGGAUUGAGUGAGAAGACUGCUUGUACACUUUGCUGUGUUAAAUUCCCGACCGGGGACCUGCACGGUAUGCAGAACUGGGACCUGCACAGUAUGUGGAACUGGGACCUGGACAGUAUGUUGAACUGGGAAAACACAGAAAACGGGCAGUAAACUGGAAAUGAUGGUAUAAGAACGUCUCCGGAACUGUAGUUGUUUUUUUGGCAAUUGGAGGCGAGCUGCAAAGGUCCAUGCUACGGGGGACCGGGAGGAGGAGAUGGAAAACUUCAGCGGGGGAGUAACGUCAUGUCCGUUUGAGGUGGAACUGAGGACUGAGCAAGCAUCAUUUGUCCUCUGCGCUGUGUAAAUGACUUGGCGCCGAAGCUGGCGGAGUAUGUCUCCUGGGUGUUAGUCUAGCACGCGUUUGCGGGUUUGCCUUGCUGUGGAGGUGCCAUUGAUGUCAACAUUUAUGUUCACGAGCAGAGUAAAUCUGCUCAAAUCCUUGUACUUGUGUACUCUUACGUGUCGUUGCACCUUUUCUCCCUUCUUCGGCCUUCAAUGUCCAUUCCCCUCCGCUGCCCUAUUUUUUCUAUCUCCAUCUCUUGAUCUCGCAUUCCUGUUUUUCCCCUCCCUCCCAACCCCAUCUUUUGGCUUCCCUGUUUGGGCUGAACUGCCUUGCCAUGGUUUACGCUUGGGUGUCUGUCGCACGUUGGUCUGCAUCUCCUCCGAGCCAGCUUCUUCCCCUCGUCCAGUGAGUACCUUCACACCACCACUACAACCACCUUUUUCCCCUUAUCUUGUUUUUUUUUUCGGUUGUUUUUCCUAAUCUUUUCUGAAGUUAUUUCCAAUCCUUCGUUUGAUGAAAUUUGAUCUGAAUACUUUCCUAUUAUUGUGUUCUUUCUUUCUUUCUUUUUUUUCGGUCUUACUUCCCCUGCUUCCGUCCCUCCUGCUCCACACUCCUCACAUUUCCUUUUCUAGCUCCGUCCAUCUCCGCGCACAAAUGUCGUCCUCUUCGCUGUCACCCUUUCAUUGCCCGGUUUUUGUACUAUCUAAGCACAUCUUUUGUGUUCGUGUGUGAAAUGACACACGUGUUUGGUGUAUGAAAUAACUGAUCGCUUUGUAUGAUUUGAACCAUAAACUUUCCAGAUAUACACUUGCACCAGAUCUACAUGUAUAUGAUGUGAAGUUGUUAACUAAUGAAGUUUCCAUGGACUU